GGAUGAUUAAUAAUAAAACGCUCGCUAAAGCUUAAAUGAUAUUUAUUUUUAAUAGCAUAGUUUACACAAAAUGGAUUAUAAUCAGGGGGACAAAGGAAAGAUACCUUCAAAUAAAGAAAUCAUCGACGAGCUAACAAAGGAUUUAGAAAAGUCUGCGAAACUAGAAGCGCAAGAUGAAAAAAGUUCUCUCGAUGUUUGUCCGGGAAAUGAUGAGUCAAAUAAGUCAAAUGAGGAAUACAAAUCCAAUACAAAAAGUGAUGAUAAUGCUAAUGAGCAGGAGAAGGACGAAUACUUCAUUAAUGAAAUUGCUUUAAAAGAUCGAGAUUUAACCCUAUCAGAAGAUGAGAAACAGCGAUUGAAAAGUGAUGCUGAUAAUUAUAAAAAUAAGGGUAAUAACUUCUUUCGAGAUGGAGAUUAUGUAAGUGCCGCAUCGAGUUACACAGAAGGUCUACUAACUUGCCCUUUACAAUUCACAAAAGAUAGAGCAAUUCUUUUUGCUAAUCGGGCUGCAUCGAAAGCUAAAUUUAUUGCAGAUAAAAAUUCAGCAAUCACAGAUUGUACGGAAGCUAUUAAAUUAGAUUCAGAUUAUGUGAAAGCUUAUAUGAGAAGAGCUCAGCUGUAUAAAGAAAUAAAUAAACUUGAUGAGGCAUUAGCCGACUAUAAACAAAUAUUGACCUUCGACCCAAUGCAUAAGGAAUCGAUAUUUGCUAUUAAAACGCUCGAGACAAUGAUUAAUGAAAGAAAUGAAAAGUUAAAAGACGAAAUGAUAGAUAAAUUGAAAGAUCUUGGCAAUAUGGUUUUAAGACCCUUUGGACUAUCGACGAACAAUUUUCAGAUGCAAAAAGACGAAUCGAGCGGUAGUUAUUCUGUAAAAUUUGUUAACAACUCUACGUAAGAGAAACUUUUUAAUCAAUCCUAUAAUGUAUUAUUAAUUUCUUUAUAAUAUAUCUAAGCAAAUGUACA